AUGGGAUCCCAAUAUUCACAUGUGUCAACGCGUGAUCCUGAUGAUUUCCUAGCCGGUCAUGUCGAUGGCACCAAAGUCGUCAGAAAUUUGGGUGUUAAAAGACGAUCCGUACAUAGCGAUGCUAUAGGCGCUCUUGUUGUAAUUCGCUCAGGUCUUGCCAUAUCAGGAAGCAGAGAUACGACGAUGGUCUUACAUAAUGUAGAUAAUGGUGAUACCAUACAGAAAUGGUAUGGACAUGAAGGCGAGGUCACAAAACUAGCAUACGGGAAUAAAUCUGCUGUACAUAUCGUCCUAAGCGGUUCUCGGGACACUACAGUGAAAGCUUGGAAUUUCAAAUCCGAAGCUGCCCAACAAACUUUCGAAGGACACAAGUUGGUCGUGUCAGGCUUAUGCCAUUUAGGAGACCAUCAGUUUAUGACGGGAAGUAGAGACUGUACUGUACGUAUUUGGGAUGUUAACUUCGCAACGUCUCUGAAUUAUUCUCAAAUCAAUAGAAAUCUGGUAACUCAUAUGACGUACAAUCCAACAACCAACUUAGUAGCUCAGUCUUCAGAAGACAAGGAACUAAAACUGUGGGAUCCUCGAUCCAUGACAGUAAGUCAUCGCUUCCCUAAGAGGAAUCAUAUACAACUACAUUGUGAAUGGACUCCAGAUGGUGGACAAAUAAUUACUUCAAACAAUGGAUUCAAUGGGGAUGGUUGUGAAAUCUCAAUAUGGGAUUUGAGAGCAAAGAAGUUGCUCAGAGAUUUGAGAGGUCACGAAGGAAAUGUGACGUGUGUUUCGUACAUUUCCCAAACAAAGUUACCUAACAAGCGAAUACUCCUCAGUUGUUCAUCUGACAGAACAGCUCGUAUAUGGAAUAUAGAGGAAGGAAAUUGUUUAUGGGUUGAAGAGAUGGGAACGACUUCUGAUUUACAACAGUGCGUAGCCUUAGGCGACACUUAUGCUGUUGUCGCAGGUGGUAAUGGUCUGCUUUGUAAUAUGAGAAUUCAGUAUAAAGUAGGCAAGCCGUAUUUACAAACCAUAUCUGUACAACGCAAUGAAAAAGAGUAG